GGGACUUGUAGUUUAAAUCGGGCUCGCCAUGGAGAGGACCAUGGCCAGCGGCUCCUUGCUGGGCGAGAUUGGUUUUUGGGCCGAUAGGACCCCGGUCCACGAAGCCGCUCGUGGGGGAGAGAUCCUCCAGCUGCAGGAGCUGAUAGCAAACGGGGCGUGCGUCAAUCUGGUGACCUAUGACUCCAUCACGCCCUUACACGAGGCCAGCCUGCGCGGCCAGACCCAGUGCGUGAAACUCCUGCUGGCCGCGGGAGCUCAGGUGGACGCCAGGAACAUCGACGGCAGCACACCGCUGUGCGACGCCUGUGCAUCAGGGAGCAUCGAGUGCGUGAAAGUCCUGCUCUCCCACGGGGCAAAGGUCAACCCGCCCCUCUACACGGCCUCCCCCCUCCAUGAAGCCUGUAUGAACGGCAGCGCUGACUGCGUCCGGCUUCUCAUCGACGUCGGAGCAAACCUGGAGGCCCAUGAUUGCCACAUUGGGACCCCUCUGCACGUGGCCUGUGCCAGAGAGCACCUAGAUUGCGUGAAGCUGCUGCUCAACGCAGGCGCCAACGUGAAUGCCGCCAAGCUUCACGAGACCGCGCUUCACCACGCCGCCAAAGCGAAAAACGCCGAUCUGGUGGAGAUGCUGGUGGAAUUCGGGGGGAACCUCUAUGCCAGAGACAACCGAGGGAAGAAACCUUCCGACUACAGCUGGAACAGCCGCCCCACCACUGCGUGCUUUGAGUAUUAUGAAAAAAUGCCCCUGAAGCUGUCCCAGCUCUGCCGCCUCAGCCUUCGGAGAGCCUAUGGCCAGCGGGCCCUGGAGAAGAUCGCCCAGUUGCAGAUCCCCCGACGGUUUAUUGACUUCCUCUCCUACCAGUGACGAUUGAGGGAAAGAUGCAGUCG